AUGGCUUUGCAAAUUGUGAUUGGAAGUUCUUUUUGGGGGUUUGAGUUGGAGAAAUUAGAGGACUAUGAAAUUACUGGGAAUGAAUAUAACCUUAACUGUGGUAAAAUUAGCAUGGAGAGGCUCUGCUGGAAGUGUUAUAUAUCGUCGCGCACCUUAGCUGUUCCCAAAAACCGGCCACAUCAGUUGAGAAAGUCUUUUAACGUUGUUUAUUGUAGUACACGGCGUUUCUGCUUCUUUACAAAGAAAAAAGCCAUUCUUACUGUGCAAAUUCCCCAGCGAGAAAGAGUACACGGCAUUUCUGCUUCUUUACAAAAAAAAAAAAAGCCAUUCUUACUGUGCAAAUUCCCCAGCGAGGAAGAGCUAAAAUUGUCGACGUUUUUCAGUGAUGGAGUUCUUGGUGUAUGCGUACUAGCGGAACUUCACACAAGGCUUUUUACAAAUUUUCUUGUUGGGCAUUUGACAGUCUAUGGAGAUUUUGCACAAGAGUAUGUUGUGGAGAAAAUUAUUGAUAAACGAACAAAAAAUGGCAAAGUUGAAUAUUUCUUAAGUUGGAAAGGAUUUCCUCCAUCGGACAACACCUGGGAACCAGUCGAAAAUUUGGAUUGCCCUGACUUAAUUCAAAUGGAGGAAGCAAGGAAAGAACAGGAGUUAUUUAAAAAUUGUGAAACUGAAAGAGAAGAAGUGAAGAACGGAUUUGAACAAGGUUUGGAACCGGAGAAGAUCAUUGGCGGUACCCUUUCACACGGACAAAUAAUGCUGCUGAUCAAAUGGAAGGGCAAAGAAGCUGCAAGUUUGGUGCCUUCAAAAAUUGCUAACGAGAAGUGCCCUCAAAUGGUUAUCAAGUUCUAUGAGGAACGAAUUCAGUGGAAUAUGUCUUCUUACUCUUAA